AUGGAAAAUUCAGAUAAAAUCAGUGGUAUCGGUAUGAGAAGAAGGAAGGUGCGUGAGGAGGAGUCACAGGAGGAACAAACUGAGAUGAAACAGGUAAACGAAAGUAAUAAUGUACUAUUAAAUGAACAGAAAGAUCAUGCUAUAAUACAAGAAAAUGCUGAUGUAGAAGUCCCUCGAAAAAGUAGGUAUGACCCUACUGAUAGAAAAACUAGCAAAGAUUAUGAUGACAACAGAGGUAAAUCCAGAUCAAGAUAUAAUCCCAAUCCACUAACCGAAGAGGAGAAAUAUAAUAUAUGGAUCAAACAACUAGUUGAAUUAGAACGUAAAUUAAAAAAAUUCGGAUGGGAGCAUUUGAGUCGCAAAGAUCAGGAUGAACUUGGUUUAAAAAGAGAACUGAUCGAACUGUACGAACAAAGGAAAAAGGAUGGAAUAGAUGGUUUCAAACUUGAACAAGUUGAAAUAAAUGAAAGCAGCAAAGAAAAGGAAAUAACAAGAAAUAAUGGAAAUGACCAGAAGGAUGACAAAAGAACGCGACAGCAGAUGUGGGAGGAGCACCAAUUAGGGAAUGCUGUUAGUACACAUAACAUAGAUGAGAUAUAUCUACCUGAAUCAGAGAAAUAUGAUUACGUAUUUGAUAAAGAAGCGAUGAUAGGUUUCACAAGUGAUUCGACGGAUAUCCUGGCUGAUAGCGAUGAGGAACAUGAAGAAAGUUCAGAAGAAGAGGAUGAAGAAAAAAAGACAUUACUAACUCAACUUGAAAUUGAAGCCACCAGAAUUAAAAGUAUCGGGGAAUCAAGGAAAUUACUUCCUGUGUAUGCAUAUAGGACAGAGCUAAUGGAGGCAAUUAAAGAGAAUCAAGCACUAAUUAUUGUUGGGGAAACAGGUUCUGGUAAAACCACCCAACUUCCGCAGUACUUGGUUGAAGACGGCUAUACAGAAGGAGGUAAAUAUCAAGUUGCAGUUACACAGCCACGUAGAGUUGCAGCUAUGUCUGUUGCAGCAAGAGUUUCUGACGAGAUGAAUGUUGUUCUUGGUAAGGAAGUUGGUUACUCAAUCAGAUUCGACGACAAGACUACUCCUGGUAAAACUAUUCUGAAGUAUAUGACAGAUGGUAUGCUACUUAGAGAAUUUCUUACAGAUCCUGAACUUUCGAACUAUUCAUGUAUUAUGAUUGAUGAAGCUCAUGAAAGGACUUUAGCAACUGAUGUCCUAUUAGGUCUCUUAAAGAAUAUUAUGAAAAACAGGAAAUCAUUGAAGUUACUAAUCUCCUCGGCUACGGUGAAUGCAAAGAAGUUUUCAGCUUUUUUUGAUGACUGUCCUAUUUUUAAUGUUCCUGGUAGGAGGUAUCCAGUUGAUAUACAUUAUACUUUGCAACCAGAAGGGAACUAUAUCAAUGCAGCGAUCACUACCAUAUUCCAAAUCCAUACUACACAAUCAUUAAAAGGUGAUAUUCUUCUUUUCCUUACCGGUCAAGAGGAGAUUGAACACACAAAAGAAAAGAUAGAAGAAAUUGCAGCAAAACUUGGAGCAAGAAUCCCGCAACUACUAAUCACACCAAUAUAUGCGAAUUUACCACAAGAACAGCAAGCAAAUAUAUUUCAGAAGACACCAGAAAAAUGCAGAAAAGUUGUCCUUGCAACGAAUAUAGCAGAAACAUCAUUGACAAUUGAUGGUAUUAAAUACGUCAUAGAUCCGGGUUUUGUAAAAGAAAAUUCGUAUGUUCCAUCUACGGGUAUGACACAAUUGUUGACUAUUCCUUGUUCAAAAGCAUCUGUGGACCAGAGAGCUGGUAGAGCUGGUCGUGUGGGCCCAGGUAAAUGUUUUAGACUAUUUACCAAGUAUUCUUAUGAAAAUGAAUUGGAAGCCAUGCCUAGGCCAGAAAUCGUUAGAACGAAUUUAUCAAACACCGUUUUGCUGUUAUUGUCCCUAGAAGUAAAGGAUUUGCUACAUUUUCCAUUUUUGGACCCUCCUCAAAUUUCGACGUUAACUAAAUCUUUAGAGAACCUCUACAUUCUAGGUGCCUUGAACAGCAAAGGUCAAAUCACUGAACUUGGUAAAAUGAUGUGUGAGUUCCCUUGCGAACCAGAGUUCGCAAAAGUGCUACAUACGGCAGCUACUCAUCCAAAGGCAGGGGGUGUGCUAGAGCAAAGCCUAAGUAUAGUUUCAAUGUUACAUGAAAUUACUUCGAUAUUUAUUGGUAAUAAGAAAGAAGCUACAGCUCGUAUUGUAAGUGAUAUUGGUAGUGAUCAUUUACUAUAUCUUAAAAUCUACGAAGACUGGGAAUCUUCUAACUAUAGCCGUUCUUGGUGUCAAGAUCAUAAAAUUCAACACAAGACUAUGUUAAGAGUUCGCAAUAUUCGGAAGCAAUUAAGCAGAUGCUGUGUAAAAUUGGGAUUAACUGCGAAAAAUUCAGCUCUUAAAGGAGAUGAAGGUAUGGUUGAGAACGUAUUAAUUGGGAGGUUGACAAAAUCUUUCAUUACCGGUUUUCCCUUAAACAUUGUACAAUUAAAAAGUGGAGGAUACCAAACCAUUGGUAAGUCUAAAGGUGGAUUGAAUGUCACAAUUCAUCCGUCAAGUGUAAUAUUUCAAAAUCAAAAGGAAAAGGGUAAAAAAUUAGAUAAGUUUAUCUUAUAUCAACAACUAAUGCUAACUUCAAAAGAGUUUGUAAGGGAUUGUCUACCUAUACCAAAUGAUUUGUGGUUAACUGAGAUGGUUCCACAAAUUUUUGACAGUUUAAUUGACGAUAAGUAA